AUACGGACAGUUGAUACGGUUGAAGGAAUCAAAUUAAAAAAUUGUCAAACUUCCCACGCACCUCUCUUUCGCUCUCCCACUCUUUGCGCCGGAGGGAAAAUUCAGAACACCACUCUUUCUCUCAUCAAUCUUCGCCCUGUUCUCUCGAACCAGGUGAUCGACGAGCAUCGAUAUGUUUAAGCUGGCAGGUUGUUGAGGGUUACAAGUGAAUAGCAGCCUACCCUCUUGGAUGGUAGCAGCAUAUCGGCAGAGCCAUGAGUGGAACAUCUUCAAAUAAAAGAAGAUUAAAGGAGCUUUUGCUACAAAGUGAUAAUCGUGUGUGCGCUGAUUGUGGUGCUCCAGAUCCUAAAUGGGCAUCAGCAAAUAUUGGUGUUUUCAUAUGCUUGAAGUGCUGUGGUGUGCACAGAAGCCUUGGCACCCAUAUCUCAAAGGUUUUGUCUGUGACGUUGGAUGAAUGGUCAGAUGAGGGGAUUGAUGCGAUGAUAGAGGUAGGAGGAAAUGCAUCUGCCAAUUCAAUCUAUGAAGCUUACCUCCCGGAUGGAAUUUCUAAGCCUGGUCCAGAUGCAAGCCAUGAACAGCGUGCUAAGUUUAUCAGGUCUAAGUAUGAGCUUCAGGACUUCUUAAAACCUAGCUUGCGUAUCAUGUCAGCUCCAAAGAAGUCCUCCCUCCAAGCAAGUUUAUCUAGGAAGAUCAUGGAUACGUUUCGGAGUUCAAGUUCCCACAUAACUGAAGGCAUGGUAGAAUUCAUUGGAAUGGUGAAAGUCAAAGUGCUAAAAGGGACAAACUUAGCAAUCCGAGAUAUGCUUUCAAGUGAUCCAUAUGUUGUCUUGACUCUUGGCCAUCAGAAAGUGCAAACCACUGUUAUGAGGAGCAACUUGAAUCCAGUUUGGAACGAAGAACUCAUGCUUUCUGUUCCUCAAGAUUACGGAUCAGUGAAGUUGCAAGUUUAUGAUUAUGACACAUUCUCCGCGGAUGACAUAAUGGGGGAGGCUGAGAUUGAUAUACAGCCGAUGAUUACUUCAGCUAUGGCAUUUGGAAACGCUGGAAUGUUUGGCGACAUGCAGAUAGGUAAAUGGCUAAAAUCUCAUGAUAAUGCACUAAUUGAGGAUAGUUUCGUCAACAUUGUUGAUGGGAAGGUCAAACAAGAAGUAUUAUUGAAGCUGCAGAAUGUAGAGUCCGGUGAAAUUGGUCUAGAAAUAGAGUGGAUUCCUCUUGAUCAAUAGGUGUGUGUAAUGAUUCCACUGGAUCAUAAUAAGUGAUUCAGUACGAGUUUAUAUAUUUUCAGAAUUUUGAAUCCAGAUACUGUUUCAUGAUUAUUGUGUACUGUGUAAUUUGUAAAUUUGAGUAUAACCUCAUACGGAGUAUUUUGUAGGGGAAUGAUUAUAAUCAUUUGUGAAUUUGUAAUAUUUGAUGUAAUAAAUAUUAUUUGAAUGCACAAGAGCACAAAUAACAAAGAAGACA